UUAGCAAGGUCGAAGGUCAUUUGGGCAACGUUAUUGCCGCCGUGCUCCCUCGCGUCACCACGUGCCAUUCGAACCCUGGUACCGUGCAGCUUAGGUAGGUACACAUUUUGCAAACUAUACUCAGUUAAAUUUCAGAUUAUGUUAAACGUAAACUUUCAUAGAAAUGACCAAACCUGGGCCAUAACUUACAUAUUUUGUGCAAUUGAAAUGAAUUUAAUAGAACCGCAUUGUCUAUUUUAUGUUUAACCUGUACCUUCGAAAACAAUUGUUUUACUUGUAGGUUCCGCCGUAUGUAGGAAGUUAUUUGAAACACUAAUUUUUUAUUUUUCUGAUAUCGGUCCCAACUCAAAAAUCUCUUAUUUUGUAGCUACUAUUACCAUCAUUUUUCCCAAGAUCUUUUUUAAAGAUUUUUCGGCAAAUACAAUAUGCCUUUUAUAAUGCGCAUUUUUAUCGAAACCCUUCGGAAGAUCUCUCGCAAUUUUGUAAGACCAUAAAAAAUACAUGAAAACCACAACAUACAUUUAUGUUUCUUGAGUUUUGUAAAGGGCGGCAGUAACACAGUUUUAGUGUUAUAAUUUAUCCUCUUAUAGCAUAACAUUCUAGUUUGUUUUAUUAGCAAUGUAGCUGUAUAUAGAGAAAGCCCAUAUCCUACACAGCACACCAUGAUCUGACGUGCUGGACACGAUUUCCUGAUGGUAAUUGAAACCAAAUAGCCGUCCGAAGUACGUAGCUAGGUAUGUUGCUCAUUCUCAAAGCUCAGAGUAUACUUAUGUAUAACAGGUGAUUUAUGAAUAAUUCCCCCUAUCUCACUUAUCUGAUGGUGGAACAACCGGGAAGAUUUUGUCCCAGUUGUUCAUUGGCAAGUGACACUAGUUGCCCAGCAUAAGACAUCUUAUAAAAGAUAGACUAUAAAGCUAUGUUUAUUAUUAUGAAAAUGUGAAGAUUCGAGUUGUUCAUGUCUGUACAAUCCCGGUCUACACAAUAGCUGCAAUAUAAGUAUGCGCGAAUCGCCAACCUUUGGGAAGGUCGACACGGCAUUCGGCAUUGCCUUGUUUACGUCGUCGUCGGUGCCAUGCGCGCCUUCUCGUGUCUACAUUUUCAGUUAUAAAGUCCUCUACACCCAUCAUAUAAACGCAUAUGGGGAAAGCUGGCAAAAAGGUUAAAUCAGACCGAAUAAACGCUCUUAGAAAACAAUACGAUGCUUUCUUGGAAGAAGACAAAAGACGUAAAGAACGAAAUGAAUAUAUCUUGGGGAGACUGGAUAAAAUUCGUUACUGUACUGCGUUGGUACCACUUCGGCAUAAGCCUACCAUAUUAAUAGAUCGACGAGAUCAUUUAAGUACAUCCUCGAGUUUAUCAAAGUUGAAUAAAAGCUCAUUAGAUUCACCAAAGCAAUUCGAUGAAACAGUUUUGCUCCAAGAAAUCAGUAAAAAGUAUAUACUUAUUCCUAAAAUAAAAUCAGGCAAUGAAGCUGAUACUAGUUCAACUUCGAAUUUCAAACCAGAAUUUGAGCAGAAUGGAGAUUGGAAAAGUAAGUAUGAAAUUUUAGACCAGUUGAAGAAAAGCGAAAAAGAAAUGGAUACAUCGGUUCUGGUUCCUGAAAAUUUUCAAUAUGUGAACUACGAACUGCAAAAGAGAGAAACUCAAAAAUAUUACAAUGAUAAAGCUGAUCCAUCUAUAUCUUUCAAAUAUGAACUGCCGGAAAAGGACCAGAAAUGCAUUCAAAUGCAAAACCAAAUGGACACGAAAAUAGACCGCCAGCCUAACAAAUUGUUUACCAAUCAAUUAGAAGAAAAACAUAUAGUGAGUGAACAGCUCCAUAUGAACGUCAAUACAAGCUAUACUCUAACCCAAAAUAAUGUCGAACCCAAUAACAGUGGCCAGUUAGAAACACAUGCAUUUGAACACAGUCAAAUUGAAAAUACACCGACAGAACCAGAAGCUGCUCAAAAAGAUGAAAUUAUCAACAACAGUAAUUAUAAGUAUCCAGUGGAAAAAGGAAAUGAAGAAUUUGGUCCGCAAAUUUCAAGUCAAUUUUUACCAGUGGAAGAAGAUAAAGACAUAAUGGAUACUGAAAAAGUUUAUCCUGAAGAUAUACAACCUGUGAAAGUAAUUUGUCCUGAUGAUCUGAUCAGACAAAUAAAGGACACGGAAAUAAACACAGGUUCAGAAAAUAUGGGAAAAAAAGAAAAUGUUCAGUAUCCACUCCAAUCAGUUAACGUACAAGAUUUUACGCCAGGAGCUCAAGUUAUACUACAGGAUGGAAUUAAUGUCAACCCAGAAGGAUAUCCUGCUGAGAUGUAUAAUGUGCAUGCAUCCGAAAAAGAUAUUUCAACAUAUGAUUUUAACCGUAGUUCUGAAAUAAAAGAGCACGUUGAGGAUACAGUAGAUUCUUCUGGUAUUGAAGCAUUUGACGCAGAACAAAGGGAAAUGUUUUACACAGAAGACCCAAGUGAAAAUUAUGGUUACCAUCAAGACAAUUUAACGGAGGGAUAUGAACAACAAUUACCUGUUCAAGGAGGAGACUAUUCGCAAUCAGAGGCUGCAGUUUACUAUGAAGGUUAUGAUGCGGAACAAGCAUACCCUGUUGAAAUAGGUGAACAUGAGGAAGCAAACCAACGUUACGACCCGCAUUAUGAGCAGCAAUACGCAACAAACUUCGUACAACAGGAAGAAGGUUAUGAACAACAGGUUUAUACUCAAGAGCCACAGUAUGAAGGUGAUGUGAGUCAGAUACAAGAAGGACUAGAACAAUUUCAAUUUGAAGAGCAGCACCAAUAUGAUACUGUAGGGAAUAUUGAACAACAACUUGAUGCAGAACAAGGGUACAAUGAGCAGAUUAUUAUGAACAACAUUGAAAAGCCUAUUGAAGAUUUACAGGCUAAGUCCCCAAGACCAGAGUCUCCUGCCAUGCCCAAAAUAUAACAGAAAUGUCCUCACUUUUGAAAACUAAUAAGUUAUUACAAUAUUUUACUCUCUUUUUUAAUUUAAAUUGUUCUUGUGAAGUUAACUUUUUGUGAAUAAAUUUAUUGUUAAUCUACAAUGUUACUUUCCACUUCUUUAAUAUAAAAA